AUGUCUUUUUUCGAUCGCCCGCCUGCCCCGCCCACCAAACUCGGUGUCUAUCGGACUCUCUCCCCGAACGCUGGAAUCCAUGUCUCGCCGCUGCAGCUUGGGGCUGGGAGUAUUGGCGACCAGUGGCAAAAGCUCGGGAUGGGUGCCAUGAACAAAGAGGACAGCUUCAAGCUCUUGGACGCCUAUUACGACGCUGGUGGCAACUUUAUCGAUACCGCGAAUGCAUACCAAGAUGAGACGUCCGAGUUGUUCAUCGGUGAAUGGAUGGAGCAGAGGGACAUCCGGGACCAGAUCGUCCUCGCAACCAAGUUUACAAUGAACUUCAAAGCCCGGCGGAACGUCACGCAGCAGGUAAACUACGCUGGGAACAACGUCAAGUCAAUGCACCUCAGCGUCGAUGCGAGUCUCAAGAAACUCCGCACAUCGUACAUCGACAUCCUCUACGUCCACUGGUGGGACUGGGACACGAGCAUCCGCGAGCUCAUGGACGGGUUACACAAUCUCGUCGCGCAGGGCAAGGUCCUCUAUCUCGGCGUCUCAGACACGCCCGCCUGGGUCGUGUCUCAGGCGAACCAGUACGCGCUUGACCACGGCAAGUCGCCGUUCGUCAUCUAUCAGGGCGCGUGGAACGUCAUGGACCGAUCUUUCGAGCGAGAAAUUCUUCCUAUGGCCCGCGAACAUGGCAUGGCCCUCGCGCCCUGGAACGUCCUCGCGCAAGGGAAAUUCCGCACAGACGCCGAGGAGGAAGCACGUCGGGUCUCUGGAGAGAAGGGACGCAUGAUAAUGAGCUCGGAAUGGGAGAGAAACGAGAACGAGAAGAAAAUUUCGCAUGCGCUCGAGAAGGUCGCUGGCGAGGUCGGGGCUCAGAGCAUCGCUGCAGUCGCGAUCGCCUAUGUGAUGCACAAGGCGCCGUACUGUUUCCCCAUCAUCGGAGGCAGGAAGGUCGAACACCUCAAAUCCAACCUCGAGGCCCUCGAAAUCUCGCUAUCCCCGGCCCAAAUCGAAUUUUUGGAGAAUGUGUUGACAUUUGAUCCUGGUUUCCCCGCCAGUCUGAUUGGGGAUGGCACUUCGUACAGCGGCUUGAUGCUUACCGCUGGACACUUUGAUCGGGUACCCCGUUUGAAAAGCAUCCCGCAUUUCAAAAACUGA